GGAGCGGUACCGGGGCUGUCGCGGGGCGGUACCGGUGUCCCCGCCGGAAAUGACGAACAGUCGCGGGGCGGUGCCGGUGACCCCGCCGGCAGUGACGUGGCCGCCAUUCCGGUCCCGCCUCCCUUUCCCUCAGCAGCGAGGCCGCGGGUGAGAAGGUGCCAAGAUGCAGAUCUUCGUGAAGACCCUGACGGGCAAAACCAUCACCCUCGAGGUGGAGCCCAAUGACACCAUCGAGAACGUGAAAGCCAAGAUCCAGGAUAAGGAAGGGAUCCCCCCCGACCAGCAGCGCCUGAUUUUCGCGGGGAAGCAGUUGGAGGAUGGCCGCACCCUCGCAGACUACAACAUCCAGAAAGAGUCCACCCUGCACCUGGUGCUGCGCCUGCGAGGGGGAAUCAUCGAACCCUCCCUGCGCCAGCUGGCCCAGAAGUACAACUGUGACAAGAUGAUCUGCCGCAAGUGUUACGCCCGCCUGCAUCCCCGCGCCGUCAACUGCCGCAAGAAGAAGUGCGGGCACACCAACAACCUGCGCCCCAAGAAGAAGGUCAAGUAGAGCCUCCAGCCCUGCCUGCACUGGCCAAUAAAGUAUUGCAACGCUCA